GUACAACAUUAUCAAGAGAGGAACGAUAUUACUUGGUCGCGUGGUUACGCCAGUGCACCAUAUAAAACUAUAAGAUAUCAAAAGAGAAAGGAUUCAACGAGGAACAAUGCAGCAGAUGCUAAAUACGUUUGCAACAGAAUUGAAGCCGAUCAUCGAUAUGGAUCCUUCGAAGACUGAAAAAUUGGAAUGGCCCGUAAAUAAUCCAACGACGCCAUUGUUCUUUCCUAAGCUCCACCGUGGCCAUACAACGCUACCGGAAGAUCAACAUUAUAUGUGCGGCGAAUGUGGGAAGGGUUACAAAUGGAUGGCUAAUCUGAUGAGACAUCAAAGAUACGAAUGUGGAAAAGCCCCUAAAUAUCAUUGUCAAAUAUGCAUGAAGGAUUUCUACAGACGUUACGUCCUUAAAAAUCACAUUAAAACGAAACACAGUACAUAACGAGGAACAUCACUUUAACGAAACAUGCUAAUAUAUGUUAAUUAAUAUAAUAAAAUUAUCAAUAUUGAGUUUGUA